GCACGUUUUAAUUUAACGUCAGCAAUAGGCGCCGUAGCUCUUUUCCGCUCCGUCCUGGGAGGCAUGCGCAGUGGGGAGCCGCGGCAGCGUAUGUGUGUGGGCUAGAUGGGUUUGAAAUGGCUCCAGUGAGGCCCAGCCUGGCCUGGCUCAGAUCACAGUUAUAGGAGAUAAAACACUGAGGAUUUUUCCUUCCAUCAUGGCUCAGUUUGGAGGACAGAAGAAUCCCCCGUGGGCUACUCAGUUUACAGCCACUGCAGUAUCUCAACCAGCUGCUCUUGGUGUUCAGCAGCCAUCAUUGCUUGGAGCCUCUCCUACAAUAUAUACCCAGCAAACAGCAUUGGCGGCAGCAGGCCUCACUACACAAACUCCAACCAACUAUCAGCUAACUCAGACAGCUGCUUUGCAGCAACAAGCUGCAGCUGCAGCUGCUGCAUUACAGCAGCAAUAUUCACAACCUCAGCAGACGCUCUAUAGUGUACAACAACAGUUGCAGCAACCUCAGCAGACCCUUUUAACCCAGCCAACUGUUGCACUGCCUACUAGCCUGAGCCUAUCUACUCCUCAGCCAGCAGCACAGAUAACUGUUUCCUAUCCAACACCGCGGUCAAGCCAGCAGCAAACCCAACCACAGAAGCAGCGUGUCUUCACAGGGGUAGUUACAAAACUGCAUGACACAUUUGGCUUUGUGGAUGAAGAUGUCUUUUUUCAGCUCAGUGCUGUUAAAGGGAAGACGCCUCAAGUAGGAGAUAGAGUAUUGGUAGAAGCUACUUAUAACCCCAAUAUGCCUUUCAAGUGGAAUGCACAGAGGAUUCAAACACUUCCAAAUCAGAACCAGACUCAAACCCAACCUUUGCUUAAGACACCUCCAACUGUACUUCAGCCUAUUGCACAGCAAACUGCAUUCAGCGUUCAGGCGCAGCCACAGCCACAAUCUCUGUUGCAGGCACAAAUAUCAGCAGCUUCUAUUACACCUUUGCUUCAGACACAGCCUCAGCCUUUAUUACAACAGCCACAACAGAAAGCUGGUUUGUUACAGCCCCCUGUCCGUAUAGUUUCACAGCCUCAACCAGCACGAAGACUAGACCCUCCAUCCAGAUUUUCAGGGAGGAAUGACAGAGGGGACCCUAUGCCUAACAGAAAAGAUGACAGAAGUCGUGAAAGAGAACGAGAGAGACGUAGGUCACGGGAGAGGUCACCCCAGAGAAAACGCUCCAGAGAGAGAUCACCUCGGCGAGAGAGGGAAAGGUCACCUCGAAGACCACGGCGUGUUGUCCCGCGUUACACAGUUCAGUUUUCCAAGUUUUCGUUAGACUGCCCUAAUUGUGAUAUGAUGGAACUGAGACGACGUUAUCAAAACUUGUACAUCCCUAGUGACUUUUUUGAUGCUCAGUUUACAUGGGUGGAGGCUUUCCCUAUGUCAAGGCCAUUUCAGUUGGGGAACUACUGCAAUUUCUAUGUAAUGCACAGAGAAGUAGAUCCUUUAGAUAAAAACACUGCUGUCCUUGAUCCACCAGAUGCUGAUCACCUGUACAGCGCAAAGGUGAUGCUGAUGGCUAGUCCUAGUAUGGAAGAUCUUUAUCAUAAAUCAUGUGCCCUUGCUGAAGAUCCACAAGAACUUCGUGAUGGAUUUCAACAUCCUGCUAGACUUGUCAAGUUUUUAGUGGGUAUGAAAGGCAAAGAUGAAGCUAUGGCUAUUGGAGGACACUGGUCCCCAUCACUGGAUGGACCUGAUCCAGAAAAGGACCCCUCUGUGCUGAUUAAGACUGCUAUCCGUUGUUGCAAGGCUCUAACAGGCAUUGACUUAAGUGUGUGCACACAAUGGUACCGUUUUGCAGAGAUUCGCUACCAUCGCCCUGAGGAGACCCACAAGGGGCGUACAGUUCCAGCUCAUGUGGAGACAGUGGUUUUAUUUUUCCCGGAUGUUUGGCAUUGCCUUCCCACCCGCUCAGAGUGGGAAACCCUCUCCCGAGGAUACAAGCAGCAGCUGGUCGAGAAGCUUCAGGGUGAACGCAAGGAGGCUGAUGGAGAACAGGAUGAAGAGGAAAAGGAUGAUGGGGAAGCUAAAGAGAUCUCUACUCCUACCCACUGGUCUAAACUGGAUCCAAAAACAAUGAAGGUAAAUGACCUUCGCAAGGAAUUAGAAAGUCGUACUCUUAGCUCUAAAGGACUAAAAUCCCAACUGAUAGCCCGACUGACAAAGCAACUGAAAGUAGAAGAACAAAAAGAAGAACAGAAGGAGUUAGAGAAAUCUGAAAAAGAGGAUGAGGAGGAGGAGGAUAGGAAAUCUGAAGAUGACAAAGAGGAAGAAGAAAGGAAACGUCAGGAAGAAAUGGAGCGUCAACGACGAGAGAGACGAUACAUCUUGCCUGAUGAACCAGCAAUCAUUGUACAUCCUAACUGGGCAGCAAAAAGUGGAAAAUUUGAUUGUAGUAUUAUGUCUCUUAGUGUUCUUCUGGAUUACAGGUUGGAGGAUAACAAAGAGCAUUCUUUUGAGGAUAUUGUAAAGAAUGAAGAUAAAGAUCAAAAAUCCAAAGAAAAUGGAGCAAAUGUAUGAUAAAACUGCUGCUGUUUAGAAGAAAGGUGUUACAUAAUGUAAUAUAAAUCAUGAUAUCAGAAUGUAUGGAAGUGAUGCAUGUUUGAUUUUUUUUUUUUAGUAGUAUAAAUUUCUUAGUUCUAAAAAGAUGUAUAAAGUUUUAUGAAUGUGAGUCAGCUUCUGAAGAUUGCUUGUAAUUCAUAGCAUUCAAUUUAUUUAGACACUCCUUGAGAGAAAAUAAUUUUGCAUUGCAAAAUGUUUUAGGAUGAACUUUGUUAUAGUUUUAACCCUAAUAAAGUUCAUCAACCUAAUGGACAGUAGGAAGUAUUUAAUUACCAAAUGGUUUUUCAUUAAAGUCUAGUGAAAUCAAAAUGUUCAUUAUUUAUAGAAUUGCCAUUUUUAGGGUUUUAUUUUUUUGUCUAAUUAGUCUUUUUAAAUUUAAAUAUAAAUCAUACAAUAGCAUGCGGCUUAAUUUUGCAAGUAAAGAUUUUUUUUAAAAAAUGCUUGAAUUUUUUUUACUUGUCAUAACUUUCUUUUCCCUUCCAAUUGUAAUUUUCCCCCCCAAGGCUGCUCCUAUUAAAAGCCUCACAAUAUAUAGUAGUUCAGAUGAAUUAAGAAAGCAAUAGAAACUCUCUACAGUGUUGGUAGGGCUGUGGGAUUUAUAUGAAAAUAUACAGGCCUGUUUUAAUGUACGUCAUUUGUGUUCCUUUAACUGUUCUUAUUUCUGGAUUGAUAUAUAUGCUACUUUUUAAAUAACAAAUGCGGUGUAUUAAAAUGUAUGGUUGGAUACCAGGCCA